AUGUUCACUAGUAAAGAUAAAAUUACUAAUGAUAUUAAAACAAAUUUAAAUAAAAAUACGUUUGAACUAAAAUAUGACAAUGAUCAACAAUCGAGUUCAGAUAAUGAGGAAGUUUGUUCAUGUUCUACUUGUGAAUGUUCCAGUUGUAUUGAUGAAGAUAAUUAUAAUGAAAAUAUCUUAGAAAAUAAAACUACCAGCUUAACUAAUUCAUCUAUAUCAAUAAAUAGGUCAACACUAGGAUUAGUUCAUAAAACUUGCUGUUCAAUACACAAAAUCUCACAUAUGAAUGAUUCGCAUAGUUUUCUUAACAACUAUAAUUGUUCAUCGGUUGAAUCUAAUCGUCCAUCAAUUGCUAAGUUUACUGAAUCUAUUAUACGAAGCAUACCAUGGAAAGUACAAGAUACGAUAAACAUUCCACCUGAAGUUGUAUCAACAAAACAAGCCAACGUACAAAUCAUGGAACAACCAGUUUCAAUACAUCGACAAAAAUCAGAAAACUUUAAAUCGAUUGAAAAUCGACUAACAGAUAAACCAACAUCUGAAAUAGAUUUCCAACAUAUGUAUGAGACCAUUAAUCAAUCGUAUCUAAAAAUACCAAUUUUAUAUAAUUCAAUUAAACAAACUAGAUUAGACACAGAUUUUAUUUUAUCAGUGAAUGAUUAUUUGGAACGAUUAAAAGUAAAUAUCUAUAAGGAUCUUAUUCGACGUGAAACAUUGUUACGUAAUGGAAAAAAUCAUGCGAAAAAUUUGAUUUCACUUGUUCGUUGUAUAUGUAAAAUAUCUUAUAAACAAGCAGUUGAAAUUACAAAUGAUUCCAUGAUAUCAAAGCGUGCAAUCAUUUACACCAUGACAGCUAUUGAUCAUAUUCUUCAAUGCAAUUUUCCACAAAAAAAGCCACUGUUUAAUUUUAUUCUUAAUGAAUAUAUAUCCAUGUGGUUACAUGAAAGUCUUCGAAUGAUUCAAGAAGAUUUUUGUAUUAUUGUAGAAAAUGGAACAAGAAAUAAUUUCUUUUUACUUUGUAUUUGUCUCUUUCAUAAAUUAGAAUCAAUAUGUGCAAUUAAUUGGGAACGCUUACAAAUGAUACAAAACUAUCGUUUAGCACAUUUUAAUGAAUUAAUGAAACCAACAAGUGUUAAAUUAGAAAGAACUAAAGAUUUUGUUCAAGUCUUUGGUAAACCUGUAAUAUCUAAAACGAAAAAAUCGAAAAUUCUAAUAACAUCAUUAUAUUUGAAUCGAACCGAUAAUGAAAUUAAUAAUAUUCAUGAAAUAGAACAAAUAUUUAAAAAUUCUAUUGCAAAAAUUCUCUUCCAUCAAUGUGAUACUCUAAAAAAUAUUCUAGGUUUAGAAGACGAUGCAGUAGCAUCGUGUCAAUCACAUUCACAACAAAUAAUCAUACCAGCAAAUCUUAGUUCAAAAAGUAAAGAGCCACCUACAUUGUUUAUAUCAGACGACAGUCAACUAACAGUCGAAAAAUCUGAACCAGAUAAAACUAAAUCUACAUUGUCUAAACUUGAUCAGCAAGCGAGUCCUACGUCGAAUAUUAUUUCUGAAGUCUACACACAAUGUGAUGAACCCGUAGUAGUAUUACCAAGGCAUGUGUCAUCCAUAUCUUCAUCGACGAAACCAUUCCUAAUAUCUUUAAAAUCGGAUAAAUCUGAAGAGCAAAACCAAGCUUUGCCAUCUGAAUCGAAAUUAGUCUCUAUGGAACAUAAAAAACAAAUACUAUCAAACGAACGAACAACUAAUGAAAAUAAAUCAUCUAAAUUACCUUUAAUUCAUGUUGAUCAAUUGUUUUCUCCAAGUAAUAGUUCAUUACUUCAUUUGCAAUCUUCAAUAAAAACAAUGAGUAACGCAUCCAGUCGAAUUGAAACCACUGAUCAGACAUCCACAGUUAAGCGAAUCAAUCGAAAUUUUGAAUCAAUGUCGAAUGUGUCAACUCCGCUAAUUUUCAUUAAAUCAGAAUUGAAAAAUAAUGCAUCACAACAUAUUCGAGAUAAAAAUAAUUUUAUACAAGAAUCGAAGGUUUUGUCAAAUUUUCAAAAUGAUGACUACUCAAUACAACAAUCGAUGUCUUUAGCCUGUUCGUCUCCUCAAAAAACAUUUACAAAAGCUCAUAUCUCAUGUUCAUUACACCAAACUCUUUCUGAUAAUAGUAUAGAAAUAAAUUCAGAAUCAAUAUUAAACGCAGAAGUUAAUGAAUUGAUUAUCUUUUUACAGCAAAUCGCUUAUUCUUCAUUAUUAAUUCAACAAGAAAGAAAAACACCAUCGUUGUUAAAAUUAUUACAAUGUUGUUUAAAACAAAGUUCUAUUGAUUCAAAUUUAAUUCUUGAACAAAUUCAAAAUACUCAUCCACAAUCUUCUCUCAACGUUAAAGAUCCAAUAUUUCUUGCUGCAUUUACACGUGUUUUACGUCAAGAACUUAACGAUGCACAGAUUUUAAGAAAAAUAAAUUGCGAACAAUUAAAUGAAGAUUCACAAAACAUUGGUCAUUCGUCAUUUGAAACAGCCAACAUACUCAAAUUACCGAAAACUGAACUGUCUCUGAAGAAUAAAAGCACUGAUGUCGGCGAUAACAUUGACCAAAGCCAUGUUUUUAUUGAAGUUACACAUGAUCCAAAGAGAUGCAAGCCGAUUUCUGAAUUGUCUGAUUUUCAAUACCAAUCAUGUAGACAACUCCCACAAAAAUAUCAACAAUUGAACAAUGAUAGUUCACCGAAAUCGACAAAUACACCCUUGAUUGAUUAUUAUAAUAAUCAAAAAAUAAUAACAUCAUUAGAUCUGAAUCAUUCUCCGCAACAAUGGAAUUGGCUAUAUUCAAAUAAAUCUUCUGUAUGUAAUAACUGUAUUAUCACACAUAAUUCAAUUUGUUGUGAACGAAAUUCACUUGAUAAAAGUACUGAUUCAAUUACUGUUGAACAUAAUGAAAAUUUUUAA